GUUACAUUUCAGCUUCAGAAUGAGUAACCGUGAUGAUCUGCUGUACCAUGCUAAGAUAGCUGAACAAGCUGCAAGAUAUUGCGAUAUGGUAAAUGACAUGGAAAAGAUAGCACGUUUAACAAAGGAUUUUACGGAAGAAGAGAGGAACUUGUUCUCGAUUUCGCACAAACAAAUAGCUGGCCCACUUAGAACCGCCAUCAAAGUCAUAAGCGCAGCUGUUAAAAAAAGUGAAGCUGAAGGCUCGAGAUUCGUGGAUGUCGAUAAACUGUAUUUGGACGAAGUAGAGAAGGAACUGAGAAAUCUGUCACACAGGAUGAUACAACUCAUAGAAAGUGGACUCACAAGACCUGAAUCAGCUUCCGAACAAAAAAUUUUCUUUCUAAAGCUAAAAGCGGAUUAUUUCAGGUACUUAGCUGAGUUUGAGCAAGGUAACGAUAAAAGCGACGCUGCAGAGUGCAGCCUAAUAGCAUACAAAGAGGCUUAUGAACUUGCUGUCACACAUCUUCAACCAACCCAUCCGAUUCGUUUAGGAGUUGCCUUGAAUUUCGCAAUUUUUUAUUACGAGAUCGUGAAUUCAGCAGAUCGUGCUUGUAAACUGGCAAAACAGGCAUUUGACGAUGCCAUAGCAGAACUGGACAACAUAUCUGAAGAAAGCUUUCGAGAUUCAUCUUUAGUUAUGCAGCUGUUGAGAGACAAUCUCGCACUAUGGAUAGCUGAUAUGCAAAAACAUGAGAAAGAUCCACGAGCAUGA